AUGAUUUUGCUACGAAAAAUUAUUAAACAAUCAAUACAGAUCCGUUCUGCUAGUUGUAUAUCGUUUCGGAUCAACGAACUAGCACGAUUUAGCGAUGGAAGUGCUAUUGCACAAAUGAAUAAUACUAGCGUUUUGGUGACAAGUGUCAGUAAAGCGAAAGUACUUUCUGCUAAUCCACCUUCAUUUUUGCCACUGACGGUGGAUUAUCGAGAAAAAGCAGCCGCAGCUGGUCGAAUACCAACGAAUCAUUUACGACGAGAACUCGGUUUAACUGAUCAUGAGAUAUUGACUGGUAGAAUGAUUGAUCGUUCGAUACGACCAUUGUUUUUGAAUGGAUACACCUACGAUACACAAGUCACGUGCAACAUACUUUCAGCUGAUGGAACGACUGAACCAGAUGUAUUAGCAAUCAAUGCAGCAUCAGCUUCGUUGGCAACAUCUGAUAUUCCCUGGAACGGACCUAUCGCUGCUGUUCGUAUCGGAUCCAUUGAUGGACGAUUUAUUGUCAAUCCUUCUCGACAGCAAAUGCAAAAGAGUGAUUUGAAUCUAGUCGUAUCUGUAAAUCCAAAAGGACAUUUGGUUAUGAUUGAUGCAUCAGCAAAUCGUCUAUCCGAUGAGAAAUUCUACUCAGCUUUACAGCUCAGUGUUGAAUCUUGUCUUCCGAUCAUUGAACACAUCAAAAGUCUUUCCAGUAAACCUAAACGAACGAAGAUCGAAUUGCAAAAAUUCGAUCCAUCUCUCGUGGAGAAAUUGUCAACACUAUGUUACGAUCGUUUGCUGCAAAUCUUUACUGACUCGACAUUGGAUAAGAUUGCACGUGAUACAGCGAUCACUGUUGUCCGACAAGAAGUUCUCAAUGAAAUUCUCACUAAAGAAGAAACAACUCCUGUUAAUCUGACAGAUACAUUCGGCUAUGUUGUAAAAAAAGUUUUUCGAAAUUUAAUUUUUGAACGUUCGCAUCGAUGUGAUGGACGUUCAUUUGAUCAAGUACGUCCAAUUAGUUGCCAAGUUAAUCUUUAUGAUUCAUUACAUGGUUCGGCGCUGUUUCAACGUGGUCAAACUCAAGUUUUGUGUACAGUAGCAUUUGAUGCACUUGAUUCUCAAUAUCGACACAAUGAAUUCGCUUGGCGAACAGGCAUUAAACGCAAACCGUUCAUACUUCACUACGAAUUUCCACCGUACGCAACCAAUGAAAUUGGCCGAACGUAUGGAAGAGCAGAUCGGCGAGAGUUAGGUCAUGGUGCUUUAGCAGAAAAAGGUGUCGAACCCGUGGUACCUAAUGAACUACCAUUUAUGAUACGUCUAACGUCUGAAGUGCUGGAAUCCAAUGGAUCAUCCUCGAUGGCCAGUGUCUGCGCAGCAAGUCUGGCACUGAUGGAUGCAGGUAUAAAUAUUCAUGAACCAGUUGCUGGUGUCGCCAUUGGACUGGUCUCUAAAUGUACUGAUGAUGGUUCCAUUUCUGAUCAUCGCGUACUUACAGAUAUCUUGGGCAUUGAAGAUUAUAUGGGCGAUACAGACUUCAAAGUAGCUGGCACUCGUAAUAGUAUUACUGCUCUACAAGCUGAUAUAAAGAAUAUGGAAGGUCUACCAUUGAACAUUGUAAAAGAAGCUUUACAAGCAGCUAAAAAUGCUCGUUGCAAAAUAAUCGAUAUCAUGAACACUGCCAUCCAGCAGCCACGACAAACGAAAAAAUACAACACACCCGAAUUAGAAACGUUAACUAUUCCAAGUCACAAACGUGGACGUUUUCUUGGCGUUGGAGGAAUUAACUUGAAGAAAAUCUUAGGCCAAACAGGUGUUACCAUCUCUCCAAUUGAUGAAAUAACCUAUUCUAUAUUUGCACCAAAUAAGGACGCAUUAAAUGAAGCCAAACAGAUUAUUGACAAACUUCUAGAAGAAAUGAAAGAACCUGAACUGGAAUUUGGUGGUAUUUAUACAGGCAAAAUUGUUGAAAUACGUUCCAAUGGUGUUCUCCUACAACUCUUUCCUACGAUGUCACCUGUUCUAUUGCCCAAUUCACAACUUGAUCGACGAAAGAUUGAUCAUCCCAGUGCGUUAGGUUUGAAUGUUGGUGAUGAUUUACAAGUGAAAUAUUUUGGUCGCGAUCCUGUCUCAGGUACAAUGCGUCUUUCACGAAAAAUUCUUCUCAGUACCGGCGGUGUUGGACCAGUACGAAAUUUCAUUGCAACUGACAAAGAUGAAAAACGACCUGGUAUAUGGGAUACCCAAUCAUUGAAGUCAACUAUUUCCGAUGAGAAAAAAAAAUUGUGA